AUUGUGUGAACACCAAGAACUCGUCUAACUGCUUGUUCUAUUUCUGUCUGUUAUCUAGCAACGUUUUCACACACUGAGCUAAAGGUGAACCAAGAGCCCAGAGGAGCAUUAUGGGAAGCACUAAGAUAAGCGGAAGCGUAAAGUGAAAGUCUUCUGACGGGUGCUUAUAUUCCGCGAUGGAUCUCAAGGAGAAAACUAUCAGGUCAUUAAAGAAAUACGAUAGUGGCGACGAGUUUUCCCAUUUACCUGCCGUUCCUAAAGCUUCAGUGCUGAUUCCUCUGCUGCUGAGAGACGGACAGCUGCAUGUGUUACUGACCGUUCGGUCAGUCAAUCUCAAGCAUCACGCAGGCGAAGUGUGUUUCCCUGGAGGAAAGUCAGAGUCCGGCGACACAGAUGAAACACACACGGCACUGAGAGAAGCUCAGGAGGAGAUCGGCCUUCCUUCACACACAGUGGAGGUCAUCUGCAAACUGUUCCCCAUCCUAAACAAGGCCGGUCUUCUGAUCACUCCGGUCGUGGCUUUCAUCGAGAGCUCCUUCGAAGCCCAUCCGAAUGCAGAUGAAGUCAGCGAGGUCUUCACUCUUCCACUGGAGUUCUUUACUAAAGAGGCUGAUCAUUCCUGCUGUCCUGUGUCCAGCAUCUUCAGCCCCAUCCAUAGUUUCAUGUACACGGACCCCCGGACAGGCAACAUUCAUAUGAUCUGGGGUCUGACAGCCACUUUGGCCAUAACAGUUGCUGUUCUUGCCCUCGGAAAGAAGCCAGAGUUUGAGGUUGGCUUCGACUUGAAAGAUCCAGUUUCUGAGUUUAAAAGCGUUCUUAAUCGCAGACUGAAUAAGUUAUGAAAGACACAUAUCAGAUUCAGAUUCAGCUGUAUAUCUACUGAAGAGCAAGUUUGGAUAUUCUUCAAUAAUAAUGUGUAUAUAUAUAUAUAUAUAUAUAUAUAUAUAUAUAUAAAACUGAAAAGAUCAGUAUUACAUGCAGCAUUACAAAGCUUUAAAUGAAAAUUAAAGUUGUUGCCCUGACAACUAACUGAAAUAAACUAGGCUAAAGGCUAAAGUACUACUAAAACUAAAAAAACUACUAAAAAUGGCAAAAGCAUGUAACAAAAUUUCUUAAACUUAAAUUUAAAAUUAAAAUAUAAUUCAAAAUAAUAAGAAAUACUAUAACAGUAUAUAAAUAAUACUAAAAUAACACCUCACAUUCAUAUUUACAGUUCUCAGAUGUCAGUAAAUGGUCACAUGACAAGUAAACAAAUCUUUUUUUUUUCUUUUAAACCAAGCCUAUUUAUUUGAUUUUACUUUAAAAUUUAUUUAUUUUAAUUUUACAUUUUUUUUUCCCCCUCACAAAUCCAAGUUUGCGAAAUCUUCACAUUAGGCUUUUGUCCACUAGAGGUCAUACUCGCCUGAGCAAACGUACUUGUGCCAUACAUUGAGCCUGAGCAUCUUAGAUUUUAAAAUAAAUAACAAACAUUAUUUUAUUAGAAAUAUAAUCACAUUAAAGUGUUUUACUAUUCUAUUUCACUAAUAUAAAAAAAAAUGAAAGACUUCAAAUAAAAAAGUAUAUACUUGAAUGAGAAAUAAUGCACAGAAUCAUAAGGCAAACACUUUAUUUUAUUAACAAAUAUUACAAAAUAAAUAGUUUAUAUGUAAUCUUAUCGAACUAAAUGUAAAAUGUGGUGCUUGUAAUUUCUGGCAGGCACUUCGUUUCUACUGAUCUGACGAGUCAUUCCUUUUGUUUGAUUGUUGAUCAAUGUGUUUUUAUGUCAUUCCAGUGAUUCUGUCUGUUUGUGGCACUGUCCCACCAUUAAAAACUACUGCUAGUACCUACUUA